AUGCCUCCAGAGCCCUGGACGAACGAUAGGCCUUCUUAUUACACAAUGAAGACACCGGCGCCCGUUGCAGGAAUGAGCCCUCAAGCGCUUACGCACUCACGCUCAAAUUCUCAAUCAUACGUCAACAGCAAGCCAGCGACUUCCCCAGUGUCUUCUCCGCGACCGCCACCCUCCGCCGUCACUCCUCACCCGCCCAAGCUCUCUCCGGCAGCUGCUGGGGGCGAGACUUCGAGCCCCAACUACUUUGGGCUAGCUGUCGACCCCACUGCCGACCUUCGGGAAUCCUGCGUUGUACCGCGCGAGAACUGGAGCUCGCCAUCCUCGUCCGUCAAGUCCUUCGCCGCUGUGAUACCCGGUGUGAAGCAACUGCCGUUGGAUGCAAAUCCCGAGUUCGAGGCCUUUCGGAGACAGAUCGACGCGAACCGAGCGAGGAACUCCUUCAGCCUAUCGGCUUCUCAUUUCACUGUCACGAGCGGAAGUGUACACACCCCCUCCCCCUCCACCACGUCCUCUCAGCAUCGGCCACGUCCUCCGAGAUGGCACACGCAGGGAGCCGAUGGGCCGGACUUUCUAUUUCAGAAACACUCGCGCCUUAGCACCGAGUCUUCCAGUCUAGGGGUUGUACCCGGCAAAACCGAUAGAGACGCUGAUAGUCUGCAAGGAGACUCAGCGUAUGUGUCCGGCGACUCCAAGCGCAGCUCCUCCGUAUCGCUGAACCCGCCAUUCUCCCUUCACAUGCCCAGACAGGAUGCUUCUUCUCCUCGACCACAGUCUCCUUUCCCUGUCCCUGGUCGAGGGGACGUCAGAUCUGCUAUGUCGAGAGCAGACGGGAACCCGUCACCUCAUUUCUUGGCCCGCAACAUGACGGCCUCGCCGACUACCAGCCUGUCCGGCCAAGCCGGCGCCACCGUCGCUAACCAAAUGCAGGAUACUGGCAGCCCGACCAUGAUGUCUCCCGGCGAACUCAAGGGUUUAUUGGAAAUGGACCCGGGCGGCGCGAAGCUCUUGCUCUUGGACCUCAGAGUCUCACCCCAGUUUGCGCAGUCAAGGGUGCGAGGCGCGCUGAACCUGUGUAUCCCCACGACUCUAUUGAAGAGGUCUACCUUCAAUUUGCAGAAGCUCCAACAGACUUUCCAGAAAGAUCAAGAUCAGGAAAAGUUUUCCAACUGGCGAAACGCAGACCAUCUAGUCGUCUAUGACGCGUCGUCCACCGAUAAGCGGGACGCCGUUUCGGCCAUCAACAUGAUUAAGAAGUUCACCAACGAGGGCUACACGGGUCCUGCCAGUAUCUUGCGCGGUGGAUUCAAUGCGUUUGCAUCAGCGUACCCUAGCUUGAUCGACCGCUCCUCCGCCGGGUCCUCACCGGGUUUGUCUCUUGGAGGAAGCUCAAUGUCCGGUGGUUCCCGGGCCAAUCUACCUCCAGUCAUUGGCGGGGUGCUUUUGCCCACUACCGACGUCAAUCCCAGCCCCUUCUUCAACAACAUCCGUCAAAACCAGGAUUUGGUCGAUGGCGUUGGCCAGAUGGAUAUCGGCCUCCCUUCAGGGCUUUCAGAGGCAAACCUGCCGCGGUGGCUUCGAGAGGCAGCUGAUACCAGUGACCAUGGCAAGCGGGUUUCGGACAGGUUCCUGUACAUCGAGCGCACCGAGCAGUCACGCAUGCGCGAGGCGUAUUCGGUUGUCUUGCCCGCGGAUGCUCCAAAGCUGGGCGGCGCAGGAUCCACCAAGGUGCAGCUGUCGGGUAUCGAGAAGGGCGGAAAAAAUCGGUACAAGGACAUCCUUCCUUUCGAACACGCAAGAGUAAGGCUCAUGGGCCGCCCGGAAGGCGUCUGUGACUACGUGAAUGCGAGCCAUCUCCAGGCUAGGCGCAGCUACAAACGCUACAUCGCUAGCCAAGGGCCCUUACCAGCCACCUAUGAGGAUUUCUGGACAGUGGUCUGGGACCAUGACGUCCGUGUUAUUGUCAUGCUGACGGCCGAGACGGAGGGCGGGCAACUCAAAUGCCACCCCUAUUGGAAAGGCAAUGAUUUUGGUCCCAUACGGCUGCGCGUCUUGUCCGAGAAGAAGGUGUCACUGGAUAUCGACAAGCGGAGGACGCCGCCAGCCAUGGGUGUGACAACAGCAGCAACAGACGGGUCGUCGAGUUCGGCACAAAGCUCCCCUCCCCAUCUAUCACAGUCCGAGGGAGGGCGCCGGCGCGCCAACACAACCACCCACCUUGACUCGGCCAGUACUAUCCCGUUCAACUUCAACACACAAACAUCCCAGGUUGCCGAGACGCCCUACGUCAUUAUCCGGAAGUUCGCCCUAAGCCACACAGCGCAUCCCUUCCUGCCGAUCCGCGAGAUUACACAACUGCACUAUCCUUCAUGGCCUGAUUUUGGUGCUCCAGCCCAGCCCAGCCAUCUCCUUGCGCUGGUCGAGCUCGCCAACGUCAUGCAACACGCCGCCCUUCCAAUCGAGGUGUCGGGAACCCUGGGCUCGGCCUCUGCGUCACGGCGAAAUAGCGAUGCCGCUGUCGCUGCUGCCGAUCCGGCGGGCAAACCCUUCUUCGCCUAUCAUGGCUCGGACCGGGGCGGCAGCUCCGCUGGUUUGAAGCGGGCGGACAGCGAGAGUGCGUCUCUGAGCUGGCACGAUGCACCCGAGCCGCGCGACCUGGCCAGGCCGAUGCUGGUGCAUUGCUCGGCCGGCUGCGGCCGCACCGGCGCGUUUUGUACGGUUGACAGUGUCAUUGACAUGCUCAAGCGCCAGAGACAGCAUCACAUGUUGACACACUCUCAGAAUCAGAAGAACAGCAGUGGGCUGGCGGCCGCCGGUUUGGCUCAGCCGGCCACGCUUGAGCGUGACGCGGAUGGAGAUAUUACCAUGGACGUGAACGCGGGCACAAGCGGUCCCAGUGGAGCGUCUUCAACAACACCACCACCACCACCACCACCAACAACAACAACAACAAGAAGCAUCGACACGAACUGGCUGGAUGACGACAGCAUUGAUCUGAUUGCGCAUACCGUCGAGGACUUCCGCGGCCAGAGGCUGAGCAUGGUGCAGAGCCUGCGGCAGUUUGUCCUGUGCUACGAAACGGUGCUCGAGUGGAUCCGUCGACUCCAGGAUGACCCGAGAGGAGCAAGAGGGAGGAGCGGGAGUCUGGCGUUUUAG